AUGGCGGCUUUGCUGCUUUAUUUCUCAGCUCUUGGGGUCUGUUUGCUUGUUCUUCGUUACUUGAGGUCGACCUGGUAUCAUGCCCAAAAAGCACAAGAAUGGAACUGUGCCCCCAUCCCUCGCUAUCCAACGGAUAUCUUGGGCAUAGGAACACUGAAGGAAUCUGUACAAGCAGAUAAACAGGGGCUUGUCCCGCCGCUGUUAGGGUAUCGCCUCGAGCGCAUGAGAGCCCGGGAGGGCCGUGAUGUCACCACCUUCUCCGUGACCCAGAUGGGACGCAAGAACAUCUUCACUUGUGAUCCUCAUAAUGUGCAAGCGAUUCUCGCCACCAAGUUUAAGGAUUUCGAACUAGGUCCUAUCCGUCAACACACCUUACUGCCGUUGCUGGGGACUGGAAUCUUUACAUCUGACGGCGAGAUCUGGUCUCGAUCUCGAGCUCUGCUUCGCCCCCAGUUCACCCGCGAGCAGAUCAGCGAUCUGGACUUGGAGGAGCGCCAUGUCCAACAAGCUAUGCUAGCGAUGCCUGUCGAUGCCACGACCGGCUGGACGGCAGCCACAGACAUCCAAGCGAUCUUCUUCCGUCUAACCAUCGACUCAGCAACCGAGUUUCUCUUCGGCGAGAGCGCAGGAAGCCAAGCAGAGGCUCUCCGCAACGGCGGCCAGCUCCCACCGAACAACUUCCCGGCCUACUUCGAUCGAGCGCAGUGGUACGCCGCGCACCGCUCCCGCUUCGAGAAACUCCACUGGAUCGUCGACAACAAGGAAAGCAGACACGUCGCCCGCGAAGUCCACGCCUACGUCGACCGGUUCGUCGCUGCAGCCCUCUCCGGCGCCGCCGUGGCGGCGCCGGGCAAACCGCGAUCCUCCUCGACCUAUGUCUUUCUCGACGCUAUCGUCGCCUCAACCCAGGACCCGGUCGAGCUCCGCGCCCAGCUCCUGAAUAUCCUCCUCGCCGGCCGCGAUACUACAGCUUCUUUCCUAAGCUGGUCUGUCCUCAUGCUCGCCCGACACCCCAAGAUCUUCCAUACCCUCCGCCUGGCGAUCCUUGACGACUUUGGACCUUAUACCUCCUCUUCCUCCUCUGCACCGCAAGACAAACCAAUCACGUUCCAAUCCCUCAAAUCCUGCCGUCCCCUUCAAAACUUCAUGAGCGAAGUCCUCCGCCUGUACCCAGUCGUCCCUAUCAACCGCCGCGUCGCAGCCCGCGACACCUUUCUCCCGCGAGGCGGCGGACCCGACGGCACUCGCCCCGUCUACAUCCACGCGGGCCAAGCAAUAAUCUACAGCCCCUUCAUUACGCAGCGCCGCAAAGACCUCUGGGGCGAGGACGCAGAAACAUUCAACCCGGAUCGCUGGGCCGGCCGCAAAGUCGGCUGGGAGUAUCUGCCCUUCAAUGGCGGGCCGCGCGUGUGCAUCGGACAGCAGUUUGCACUCACAGAGGCGGGCUAUGUGCUUGUGAGACUUUUGCAAAGGUUCGAUGCGAUGCAGGAUGUUUUCCCUGAGAGGGCGGUGCGGUUUGCUUCGAGUUUGACCAGUGCGCCGAAGGAUGCGGUCACGGUUCGGUUGCAUGAGGCGGAGCGGUAA